AAGAAUAAAAGGCAUGGUGGCUACCCACGACUCCAAGCUACUUCCAUUGACCCCUCUUCAUAGUGCCAUAAACUAACCCGGCACUCUGAGCAGUGCCAGCAGGGAAACAGUGUGGAGUCCUUAAUGGUCUUCAUUAUCCUAAAGUUGGUCAUUGUUUUCUUAUUUAUAAGUUUCUCCUCUCUUCAUACUCCUACUGCUGAGUUCCAACUUACUUGAUUUUUAAACCACAGAAGGACUUUAAAAGACUUUCUUUGAAGUUUGACGUAAAAAAAGAACUUUUCGGAAAUUGACUUUGUUUGAAGGAGCCUCCACCACUGCCACCACACCUACACGGGCAUUGUUUAGCUAGACAUCCUUGAAGGAGCCACACAGAUAUCCUGAAGGAGAGCGACAAGGCUGUACAAGACACAGCACAUGCUUUCCGUUCAUUUCUGGCAGACUCGGGGUCCACCUACAGAUGCUGCUUCUUCAUCAGCUAAUGGCAUUCAGACCCUCACCCACCGACGCUGUCAGACAAGCAACUGGACAGGACAGCUCAGCAGCAGGACGCUGGCCACAAUCACGGCCAGAGCCUCAGCCCCCUGGCUACAGACCACCUCUGCUGCCUCUCUUGGGAGCCCUCCCACCUCCCUCUGGAUUGCCGAGGCCCCACCACAGGGGCUGAAGAACUGGGUGGCGGUGGCAGCUGUGGCAGUGGUACCUACAGCCUUCCGGCCAGCUCAGGCACGUGGGAACCUGUUUCAGGCCACUCUGCGGCCCCUCCGGGAUCAGAGGGGGACUCAGGACAGCCUCAGCGCUCACCACUGUCUCUUCUUGUAUUUAAAACCUGGGCAAGGACUAAGAAUGGAAGGCGGUACUUCUGACAUGAACUCACAGACCAGCCUGACGCCUGCAGAGGACCCGGCAAGCCGACCACAGGACAACCCGGAGCCCAGGCAGCAGCUGCGGCCACUACCUGAGCCUUCAGCCUCUACCCAGCCUGAAGCCAAGUAUGUGGAGAUGUGUGCUUCAGCUCGAGUCGGAAGGGAGAGCCCCCAGACCAUGAAACUGCUACUGGAACACUGCCCUGAGGAGCAGGCCUCCAGGAGCCCAAAGACAAAAGCCCCGGAUGAACCCAGCAGCGGUGCCCCUGAGGCUCCAACCCCGGGGGAAAGCCCUUCUUCCGCCCAAUGUCUCAGCUCCCAGGCUUGUGAGAACGACUUCUUAUCUUCCUCCUCCUCCUCUAUGGACAGUGCAGAAGACAAUGGCCUUUCCAAAAUGGAUGGUCCCACCAAGUUACUGGGGACCCUGGCCACCUCCUCCUCUUCCUUAGGCUUUGAGAGUGAGCCGGAAAGGAGCUGCCAACCAUACAGGGGAGAAGAAGCCGGAGACAGGGCAGGAGCAGGAGAGGGUAGAAGAGAAGGGGUCGAUGAUGGGACAAGGUGCAAAGACAUUAUCGCCAAGUCCCAUGGCAAGAGGGGCCCCGUGAAAAACGAGGAAGCACACUACAUCACCACCCACGAGAUCCAGCUGAGCGAGGUAGAGCAGGGUAUGGAUUUCGACGUGGGACUGGCUUCUCGCUGGGACUUCGAGGACAACAACGUGAUCUAUUCGUUCGUGGACUAUGCUUCCUUUGGUGGCAGUGAUGAGACCCCAGGAGACAUCACCACUGAAGAAGACGAUGACAACAGCUGUUACGUCAGCACCACGCCAAGCACCAACACCACACGGACUCCCAGCCCCAUCAGCAGCGACCUGGCUCGCCCCAGCACGGGCAGCAGCGGCCGUGACACCAGCAGCACGGAAGUGGGCAGCGGCCCCUCUGACAGUGACACUAUUCCUCCACCCACUGGACCUGGCACUGCCGCUCCACCUGAGCCUUUGCUGGAGCCCCGGGAGGCAGCCUCGGGGGCAUCGGCCACUGCUGCAAGCAGCUGUGGGGGUGCAGCAAGCCAGAUCCUCCUAUCAAUCAAGCCAACUUCCCGGGCUAUAAAUGAACCUAGCAACGUGCGUGCAAAGCAAAACAUUAUUUAUGCUGCCAAGCAUGAGGGCGACAUGAGCCUCCGAGUCUCUACAGCUGCCGAGCACAACUCAAGUUCGCUGAAGCAAAUUUCGGCUGCAGCCGUGGCUCAAGACCAUGCAAAGAAAUUCAUUGCUGUCCCUGCUCGCCUGCAAACCAGGUGCGGGGCCAUCCGGGCCAAGGAGCUGGUGGACUACUCCAGCGGAGCCUCCAGUGCAGUGAGUGAGCUAGACGAUGCAGACAAAGAGGUGAGGAACCUAACCUCCAGGGCCUUCCGGAGUCUUGCCUACCCCUAUUUUGAGGCUCUGAACAUCAGCUCCCGAGAAUCCUCUACCACACUCUCCGAGGUGGGCUUUGGACGAUGGUCAACCUUCCUAGACUUAAAAUGUGGAGGCCUUGGCGCCAGAGUGGAGCAGAGCCUGCUGAGGAGCAGUGCAGCCUCUGUGGCUGCAGGUUUGAGGAAGGGCGGCGGCGCCCGAGCCCCGGCAGAUCAGCUCUACCUUCAGGCCAAGAAGUCCCAGACCAAGGCCUUGGAGUUUGUGGUCAGCAAAGUCGAGGGAGAAAUCAAACAUGUGGAGACGCCCUUGUGCUUCCAGAAACAGGUCCAAACUGGCUCUCGGGUGGUCACGCUUCUGGAGCCCCUGAAUCUCCGCAGUGAGAGCAAAGCCAGCUCCGCCACUGGGCCCUGCAGAGUCACCAAAGGUUCUAACAAGGGUCCCGGGUCUGUGUACACGGACGAUGGAUCAGAGACCUCCGACAGUAGCAAGCCUGCCGCUCGCGGUGACGGCCCCCAGAAGAAGUCCAAAUUCGCUUCCAGUCUGCUCAAAAACGUUAUUUCCAAGAAGAUGCAGCGAGAACACGAGUUCAAAAUGGAGAGAGGAGAGGUCACUGAUACAUCUCACCAUAACCCCCCCAGCGCUAAGGAGGCGGACGGACCUCCUGGGGCUGAGAAGCCGUGGGAGCGGGGUCUGCAGAGGCAGAGUUCACGGCACUCCGAGGCUAGUUCUGAGUACACUGUGGUCAGUGUGUCUGAUGCCGGUGGAGAAGGCUCUGUGGUAGGUUCUAAGUCCCCCGUUUUCAAAGCCAGUACUCCUCGAGAGAGUAACACGGGCUCCGGCCGAAAUCUCUCCGACGGACACACAGAAGUGUGUGAAAUUAAAAAGAGUGCUUCAGAGACCGUGAAGGGCAUCUUCCUUCGGAGUCAGAACAGCGCCUUCCGGACAUGGAAGGAGAAGGAGGCGGAGAAGCUGGAGGAGAAAGUUCCCAUCGGGAAGCUGAAGCUCCCCAAAGGUGGGGACUGGAGGGCUGAUCUUGGGGAGAUCUCGGCCAGCAAGUCCACCAUCAUGUCUCGACUCUUUGUUCCCAACAUCCAGCAGACACCCAAGGACAAACAGCCAGAGAAGCAGGCCACCAAAUACCCUGCUGCUGCCCAGACUACCUCCAUGGCAGUGAUCAGACCCAAGGCUCCUGAAAUCAAGAUCCGGCUGGGAAGUGUACAACAGCCAAGCUCAGACUUCAACAUUGCUAAGUUGCUCACGCCCAAGCUGGCUAGUGGCAGCAGUGGCAGCUCAAACCUCUUCAAGACCGUUGAGGAUAACAGCAGGACCCAGCAGAAACUCUUCCGAGGUGGGGACAGUCUGGAAAAGGUACCCCACUUCCAGGUGAGAGAUUUUAGAGACAAGUCCAAGGCCCCGGGACCUCUCCACCAGGUGAGGGAUGUGAGGAAGCUAAUCAAAGGGUCGGGAGAUAGCAGCGACAAGGGCAGCGUCACACCAGAGCAGGGCUUGACAGGGCCUAAGCCUAGGCAGCUGACUCCUGCCUCUGGAGGAUCCAGGUCCUUGUCCCCUAUGGUGACUAUGGUUGUGAAUCCAAAAGAAGACGGUGUGGAUCGAGAGCCCAGGGAAGGUGCGUGCAAAGCGGGGAACAGCAGUAGACUCUUGAACUCCUCCCCAGAAGGGACUGUCUUGGUUCACAGGGCAUCUGGCAGGCUGCCUGUGGCCACCAUUGCCCCCAAUAAAUCCGAGCAGGGUUCUUACCUACCUGUGCUCAAGAUCGUCUCCAAAGCUUCUGCUCAGAGGACCCCGGAGAAGCCCAAAGAGGAAGAGGUCAAGGAGGAGGGGAAAGCCCCAAAGCCAGCCCGGAAUGCCUUAGAGAAGCUGACAGCUGCUGUGAGGUCCAUGGAGGAGCUGUACAGCUUCAACAGGAAUGAAUGGAAGCGCAAAAGUGACCCCUUGCCCAUGAUGGCUGACAGCCAUGUCCUGUCACUCAUAGCCAGUGAGGAGAAGGAAGGGGUAGUUGGACCCGAAGGAGACCCUGACAAGCUGGCCAAGCAGCUGGGACAGGUGGAAGAACGGAACACGGGACACAAAGGCGGUGUGGUCCUGCGAGCGGCUCCCAUAGAACGUCUGCAGAGGAGAAACUCAAACCCCAGCACGGAGAGCGUGUCUGCCCGUGCAGCUGCCUUUGAGAACAUGGCCAGAGAAAGGCCCCGGUCUCUCUAUAUUCCUCCAGUCCACAAAGACCCGGAAAGAGCGCAACCUUUGCAGCCCCUCCCCCCACUCCCCAGCAAUCGGAAUGUGUUCACCGUGAGCGCCAGCAGCAGUGCUCAAAAAACUGGGGGCAUCGCUGGCAAGUUCCCACAAGGACCCUCUCCCGAGGGCCUUUCGACAGCCAAGGGCAUCAAAUCACAGGGACUCAGAUCCCUCAAGAUCUCCCCGGCCACCCGAGCCCCUCCUGAUGAUGCCGCCAACAGGAAAACUGCUGUCAGUUUGGAGAAGAGCAACAGCGAUUGUGAGAAUUAUCUGACUAUCCCCCUUAAGGGAACUGCUGCUUCAGGGGAGUUGCUCGGCAGGCCUGGGGCUUCCAGAGAUGGGGCCCCCAGCUCCUCAGAUGCUACUCUCUGUAGUUUACCUCCACUGAGUGCCCGCAGCCAGGUCCCCAACAACCCCAAAGGAUCGCUAGUCAGCGGAACCAGCAGACCAGCUUGGCGUACCAAACCAGACAACCACCGAGAAACAGUUGCUGCCCCCACAGGACCGCAGAGCCCCGAGCAUACUCCUACCACUAUCUACCACCAACAGGCGUUGCCCUUUACCCUCCAGGGCACCCAGCCUCAGGUCCUCUGCUUCUCCCCACCCGGUAUGCCAGCCCCAGCCCCUGCAGGCCCAACUGCUGUCCCCACAGACCCCUUUCAGCAGACACAGCCUCAGCAGACACAGCGCAAGAUGCUCCUGGAUGUGACCACCGGCCAGUAUUAUCUGGUGGACACUCCAGUUCAACCCAUGACCCGGAGAUUGUUUGACCCCGAGACAGGACAAUAUGUGGAUGUGCCCAUGACUUCUCAACAACAGCCCGUGGCACCCAUGUCCCUCCCUGUACCUCCUCUGGCCCUGAGUCCUGGGGCCUAUGGGCCCACCUACAUGAUCUAUCCUGGAUUCCUGCCUACAGUGCUGCCCCCCAAUGCCCUGCAGCCCACGCCCAUUGCUCACACACCAGGAGGCAGUGAGCUUUCUGUGGCAGCAGAGACCCCCAGCAAAGAGACAGCGACAGCGUUCACUGAAGCCCCUUACUUCAUGGCCUCUGGUCAGUCCCCUGCCUCCUCUUCCUCCUCAGCCCCGGCAGCUACAUCCCAGCUUGUGGGCGCCAAGGGCUUCGCCCAGUUGCACGGCAAGCCUGUCAUCAGCAUCACCUCACAGCCCUUGGGGCCACGGAUCAUUGCUCCCCCGUCCUUUGAUGGCACCACCAUGAGCUUCGUGGUGGAACACAGAUGACAAGAGGCUCAGGAAAGCAGAACGGAAGGAACAGCUCCUGGAGCAAGACAGAAAUGAGAACUGUUCUUUAAUCCGAAAGUUUCAUUGUAACACUGAAUUCAUCGGGGGAAAACCCUUCCAGUUGUGUUACAAACUUUUAUUUCUUAUGAACCACGUGUGUAAGUUUGUAUAUUUUCCUGAACAACUCCCUAAGGUAGCUUUUGUUAUUUCAGUUUUACUAAGAUGAAUGGUUAUGUUUCUCCCCAUGAAGUAUUUCUUUUUAUACUUUAAUACGGGACAUAAGCUUUCUGGCCACCACCUUCCCUCCUGCACUUGUGACCAGGCACAUAGUACACUGAGUAUUUGAAUGGUUCUUUCAAAACAGGCAGUGGGAUCUGAUUGGUUCUGUUGUAAACCAAACCAGCAAAUCAAGAAUUAGGAUCAGAAAUCACCCUGGAGUUUCUUGAGCUAUGUCGAGUCUAGCUGACAUAACCUUCUGCUUCCAGUAAUGAGUAGCUAGCCCCGUCGUUCUGAUUGCUGUGUUGUCUGGGUUCUUGGCCAGGUUUGGCAUGACGUCCCAUGUAAUCCUGACAAAUGGUGGUUUGGACAUUUGUACUUUAAUUUUCCCCCAUUUGUGCAGUGCUGUGACACUGUUUUUGCCAUAAAGCAGAAUGGAAGGUAUGGGAGAACUAGUGAUUACAUUGAAUAUUAAGUUCUUCGCUUCAGAAAGCAUAAACCCCCCCAUUCUCCUUUAAGAAUCCAACCUGAGGUGUAAGUGUGCGAUGCACAUACCCUUAAUGAUUCCCUUCACGGUUGUGUCCUGCCUCUCACUCUUUGCAGCCUGAAGAGAAGCCUGUUUGGGGAAGGAGAUGGAAUUGGCUCUGAACUUUGUUUCAGUGUUCCCAAUUCCCUCCAGCCCCAACCAUCCCACAGGAGAAGCUUGUAAUUACAGUGCCUGCUUCUUGCUUCUGGUUUUAACAGAUGUUAAGAUUCCAAAUCACCCCAUGCAUCACUCACCAGUCGUAACCCAAUUCUGACUGAAUGGAUACAUUCAGCCUUUCCUAAUUGGUAUCUCAAUUAAGUGAUACACUGAAGAAUUUCUUAAUUACUUUCUAACCAAAUACCCCUUUAAAACCCAAGCAUUAAUUCUCAAGAUUUCCGUAAGGAAUCUCUGGUCAGUUACUUGUUUGUUUAAAGAUAAAGCAAUUCCGGUAAAUUCUUUAAAUGAUUUUUUUAAAAAAAUCAUCAGUAUUUGCUUUCCACUUAAAAUUGCUUCAUGAAGUGAGGGAUUUUAUGAUGCCUCUCAAAAUACUGAAUUUUCUAAGGCUUUUAAAUUUUAACUACUUUGUAACAGUGGUUUUUUUUUGGGGGGGGGGAUUUUUUAAAUCCAGGCUCAAAACCAAAUUCAAUGCCACUUCUGGGGCCUUUCUUAAGGGGGAGAAACAAGUUCUAAAAAUUAAGUUCUUUUCAGACAAAGAGCAAGAUUUGAAGCAGGAAUAGUGAGUGGGCUUUGGCCAAUGAGCUGUUAAAUAAACCCUUGUCUCUGAGGCAUGCUGUAUGAAGCAUGGUCUCUGGGUUGGAAGAUGCUUUGGGACAUAUUUAGGAGACCGUUGCUACCCUAGAACUUGAACUUUUUUUUUUUCAGGCAAACUGGCUGCAUCUAAAGGUCCCUUAAUAUUGGAACAAAAAACUAGGAUCCGGGUUGGGGAUUUAGCUCAGUGGUAGAGCGCUUGCCUAGCAAGCGCAAGGCCCUGGGUUCGGUCCCCAGCUCCAAAAAAAGAAAAAAAAAGUGGAACGGAUGGAGUAUGGGGUUUGAGUGGAGAGAGACUACACCUGGAAGUCCACAUAAGUUCCAGCAGACUUUUGGGAAAGCCCCACGGGUUUGUUAGCCAGCUCCCCACAAAGACAGAAAGAAAACGUGUCGUGGGCCACUGUCAUUCUUUAUCUCCAGCAGAUCUGAGCCUUCUGGUCUUCCACAGAAGGAGAGAAACUUGGGGGUCAGGGUAGGGAAGAACUUUUUACUUGUUGCUUCUAUGUAAAAGCCUGAGUCUCCACGUGGUUAAAAUGUAAUGAUAAAUGGAUGGUUCUGCCUUUCAUAGCAGCUAUUGACCAUUUCACAGUUGGGUCACCAUCUGUGGUUUGCUAUUUUGAGUGGCAGAGAAAGGAAAUUCCCACAGGCACGUGCUGAAUCCGUUUCCUUGGUUCGGUCAUUUCUUGAACUUUUAUCGGUACGUGAAUGAAGUGGCUUUUCCCUCUUCUUUCAACCAGAGUGGAACAAACCAGGAACCUAGAAAAUCUCCUAAUGCUCGAAGCAAUAACUUCCAGCAAUACAUUUUAACAACUGAGCGACCUGCCAUGUUUUCUAUAAGAAAACCAUUAAUUAAGAAGUAUACUAAAUAGAGCCAUGAGCUUGAAUCUAAACGCAAUGUGGCCUGGCCUUAGCUAUUUUCUCUCAGGGUCAUACGUGAGGCUUAGUUUCCCAAAUAAUCGUACUAUACUGGGAAGGAAUUUUGACGCAUUUGCUGGUUUUUCCCUGUUGAUAAUGGCAUCAUGUUGAAACAGGCCCAGGUUUGACUUGUUUCUUGAAAACUAAACACGUUUGUAGCCAGUGCGAUAAUUCUGUUCACCAGAAUGUAUUUCUUUGAACACUUACUGAAACUGUCUUCAGGAGUAAAUAAAGCCCAGGAUUAAGUGUCUGUGUAAAUAUGACCAUCUCAGAGUAAUUAAGCUAACAAUGAGUUAUACUCUGACAGCUUCAUGGUAAAUUUCAAAAAUUAGGGUGCGAUUCAAAUUCAUCUUGCAUCCUUAGAAAAUAUCCAGUGACAUACAUACCUUUUUCUUUAUUCAGCUUUGGCCUUUUCCCCUUUGCUUCUUAAAGAGAUUUGAUACAUUCUGAUUCUCUUCAUCCACUGUAGCGACAAAAGCCUGUAUUUGCUACAAACCAGAUGCUCCUGUUACCUGAACUCUGCCCUGGACUGCAGGCCAGGAUUGAUUCUUAAGUAUGGCUUGCACGGUGAUUGUGUGCAGUGUUGUUUUCUGAGUAGAUGGCCACAGUCUCACAAGCGUGUUUCUGCGAGCAGAAAACACAGUCGGCAAUACUUCUCUGUAUCUAAAACUAUCACAGUGUACAUUUUCCAAUGUGGUGCUUGAGGAGUCUCAUUCUACAGUUUACAAGGUGUAAUAUUGCACCCUAAACUCUCAGGGUGUGCUAUUUUACCCACAUACUUGAAAGAAAAAGGUGCCCUGUUUUUACCAGUACUGUUGAUGGGAGAAAAUUAUGUGUAAGGUUGCUUGAGAAAACUGCUCAUAAAAACCAAAUCAAUAGGCUUUUACAUAAUCUUGAAGGAGAUGUAUACGUAGGUAAUAUAUAUCGUCAAGAGACUGCUAAUAUAGUCUUUAACUUCUGGGUCUGAGACAGGCCUCACGGGUGCAUAGAAUCGCUAAGACGGCGUGUAGCAUUUGCUCAAAAGUGCCUUAAAUUUGAAUCUAAUCUGAAUCACAGUCCAUUCGUGACGUGUGUGUGAACACAGACCCAGAAGGAGAACCCUAAAGCCUAAAGAGAACCCUCCUGUGUGUGUGCUGCAUCUCUAGGGAGACCGGAAUAUUCAUUGCAAUCCUCGUGAGCUGUCCAUACCCUCAGUAUUUCCUGUUGCAAGUGUUUUAUUGAAUCCACUCCUGUUUAACUCAAAAUGGUGCAGAAUAAAAGACACACAUCUCGUUUGGCUUUUCUUUUAAGUUUCUGAACUGCUCUCUUCAAGUUAGUAUUAGUGGCAUCAAGUCCUUUCCAGGGUUCCCCAAGUUACCUUCUCUUCCCACCCCCACCCCUUCUGAAGAUGUGUGUUUAUGUAUUUAUAUAUAAAAUUAUAUUCUUGUAUAGUGAUGGCUGAAGAGAAUGUGGAGACUGUGGAAGUUAUGUAUGAAUAGGAGAGUGUGUGUUGUGUAACACAGACAGAAGGACAUUGGAUCAUGUUGAACCGCACCCCCAACUAUGAGUGAUGGUAUGGAAAGAAUGCGAACAUUUAAACUGCGCCAAUGCGGCGGCCAUCUUGGUGGAGAAGUUCCUAGCCGAGCUUUGAUGUGAUUUUUUUGAUGGUACAAUGCAGCGAGCAUGGCCACGGGAGCUUUGAAUCCAGCCGACAGCUCCGAGAUUUGCCCUUCCAGUGCUCUUGCCUACGUAGAGAGGACUGCUGAGAUGGGAUUCCUUGUGACAAGCCUACUUACCUUUAACUGCCAGCAUUUGUAAGGUGCAAUCUUGUGUAUUGGUUUUUUAUUUUGACAGUUUUGAAAACAUGUUUGUUGUUCUUGUUGUUUUUCCAGUAAAAGUAAUCACAAAGGAAA